AUGUCAGGCGCGUGGGUGAACCGGCUGUUUGGAGAGUAUGUGAAUGGUGAUGGUGCUGAGGUCCGUGGUGUGUUUGCAGGGACAAUGCUUGUGGGAUCGCGGCAAGAGUACGGCGAUGUGGUGGUGGUUGCCGGCGGGGUGGCGUUCGUGGCGGCGCGGCGGCCGGCGAGCGACUCGGUCUUUGUCCCGGCUGGGCAGAUUCUGGCGUGCGAUGCCAAUGCCAUGGCCGAUACACAUCGACCGAUCACCUCGCUUGUGCUGCUAACCGCUGAUGGCGCCGAGUACAUCUUUGCGCCUGUUGCGCACCCCGAGCGAGCUGAGGAGCUCAUCCGCUCGGCGAUGGAGACGGCCGAUGCGAACGGCAGCGUCGUGCCGUAUCCGCAGAGCCCGGUCCGAGGCAAUGGACCGGAUGUGGACGAUGACGCCUCACUUGCACUUGCGCUCGCGCUUCAGAACGAGGGAUCGCCGUUCGGGUUGCGGUCGCCGGUGCGACAGACAGAAACCCGGAGUCAGACGAGGGGAGUGGCGCGGGCACCGACAGGCUUUCCCAAAGGCCUCGCGUGCUACUCUUCGGUGGUGGCGGACAUGCCUGGGCUGGAAGUGGCAGACAAGAUUGUGUUGCCGGCGUCUGUCCUGAGCGAGCUUGUCGAGCUCGAGGUGGAGGCGAGGCCGUACGCGUUCCGUCUGGCCAAGCCCGACGCUAGCGGGCUGUUUGGCAAGCGAACCCAUGCGGGAGUGCUCUCGUUUACGGCGCCCGAGGGCACGAUGUACCUUCCGUACUGGAUGAUGGCGAAUUUGGAGGUGGACGAGGGCGAAGAGCUGCAGCUCCAGCUAGCGACGCUGCCGAAAGGUCGCGGAGUGCAGCUGCAGCCUGUCGAGGCCGAGUGGCUUGACGUGGCGGCCGAGCUCCGUGAGGCGGUGCUCCUCGAUCAGCUCUCACGGCUGCAGUGCCUCACGCAGGGCGACGCGAUCAUGUUGCGGUGCGGAGCGCAGCUGUUUGGGUUCAACGUUGUGGCGACGGAUCCGUCGCCGGCGAUCUCGAUUGUCGACACCAAUCUGGUCACCGACGUCCUCGCUCCGAUCAACCCGCCAGCGACGCCCGAGCCAACGCUCCUUCCGGGCAAGGUUAUGGUCGGCGAGGUGGAUGCCGGUGAGUACGCGUACUUUGCGUUCAAGGUUGUGCAUCCGCAUGGAUUUGAGCUCGAGGCUGUGCCUGCGCCGGGCUCCUCGGGCGACCCGGACUUGUACGUCUCGAACGUGGUGCGCAAGCCGACUCGCGCUCACUUUACUUGGUCAGGCGUCCAAGUCGGGGCGGGGAAGAUCCGGGUUACCAGCGAAGACCCGUCUUUUGCGAUCGGGACGUACACGGUAGGCGUGACGAGUUUGGAGGCCGCAGCGGCGUUUGAGCUCAAGUACACACCUCUCGACGCGGUGGCAGCCACAGCUGCAGCUGCAGCGGCAGCGGAUAGAGGUGCGGGCAAGGCUGGACCGUCAGGCUCAGGCUCUUGCACAGACGAUGCUGCCGGCGAGACUGACGAGUGUCCCCAUGCGGGCGGCGGGUGCGGCGAGCUAUCUUUAUGAUGCACGAGGUGCAGUGCGGGAGGCGCAACGCGCGAUGCAGCGAGUGCGGGGUGUUGUUGGCGUGGGUGCACUGUCGAAGCACAUGAUUCUCGAACACACCGUGCUGCGGUGCGAGUGCGGAGCGGAGCUGCAGCAGGACGAGCUAGCGGCACAUCGGCGGACCGAGUGCCCCAACAGGCUUG